AUGACUCAAAGAAUCCAACUCAAUGCAGGAUGGUUUGCUUUAGUUGUUUUUGUUUUCACUAUAGCGGCUUCUCAAGAUGGAUAUACCGAGCAUACGUUAGAUAUUCGAAGGGCGAAAGGGAAAAACUAUUGCCAAAAGAAAAGUGAAAUCGAGAAGCUAUUCAGCCCUUGGAAUUGCAUAUUGGAAAGUGGUUUGUUGAGCAUUGACGGUAUUAACUUGAACUUGAGAGUUAAAUUUGCAAUAAAUUGUAUGCCUAAUGACUGUGAACAAUGGAGACUUCAUUUGUCGGUAACUACUAGCGAUUACCAUGGUGAUGGACUCAAUGAAGCGAAUUAUUUGAAUAGCAUCAAUACUUUCCAAACAGAUUUUUGCAUAUUCAAAAGGCAUCCUUUUGUUGGAAAUACCGCCACGGGUAAUCCCAAAUUCCGAAGACGUGUUAAGAUAAAAAAGCACAAUUGUCCGUGUAGUUAUUAUUCAGGCUCAACUGCAACAUUCCGCUUACCUCUAAUUGGUGACCUUUUAUUUAAACUCAAUCCUGGUCCCAUUACACCCGUGCUUAACUCUAUCCCAGUAAUUGUUUCUUCGCGAACGUACAAUACGAACAGAUCAUGUGUACAUCGGUGUACCGGGAAUAUUAUUAAUGUGGCUCGUCUGCCUUAUUUACCAGUGAAUUAUUAUCAUGGGAACUCAUUGUUAUUAUGCGUCUUGAACGCGCGAUCUGUGAGGAACAAAACAGCGGCUAUUAUGGAUUACAUACGCGACAGCAAUGUGGACCUGUGUGCAAUCACUGAAACUUGGUUGACUCCAGAUGACGCAGCGGUAAGGGCAGAACUUUGUCCUAAUGGAUUCAAGUUUCUAGACAACCCUCGCACUGGCCGCCGUGGUGGCGGGAUUGGGUUGCUUUACCGCGACUCUCUGCAGGUCAAAACAGUCAACUCGGGAGAGAAGAGCUCGUUUGAAUUCUCUGAGUGCAUUGUGACAUCAUCAUCCUCUCGCGAUCUACGAGUUGUCAAUAUUUACCGCCCCCCAUAUUCUGGUGAGCACAAAGUUACCACCUCAGUAUUUUUUACGGAGUUUGCAAACUAUAUUGAUUUAUUAUUUACAGAAGCCUUCCUGUUAUGUAAAGAGCAGUUGAUAAUUACGGGGGAUUUCAACAUACAUAUCGAUUCCCCUGAACAACCGGAUGCACGGACGUUCCUCGACCUCUUAGAUUCUUUCGGUCUUAAACAGAAUGUUAUGCAACCUACUCAUAUCAGCGGACACACCUUGGACCUACUUAUUACUCGCAUAUCAGAAGAUAUUAUAAAGGACCCUCCUGUUGUUGAUCGCUUUAUAUCAGACCAUGCUUCAAUUCUGUGUAAUCUGCAGCAAGCAAAACCAGCUCUAACUAUAGUGUCGAGAACCUACAGGAAGAUUAAAUCUGUGAAUCUGGCAUCACUCGAGGCAGAUUUAGCUAUGUCUGGAUUAUGUAGGGAUUCACUCGAAGAAUAUGAUCUUGAUGAACUUGUUCGGAAAUACGAUAACGUACUUUCUGAUGUUACAGAACGUCACGCUCCUUUGAAGACCAAGAGAAUGGUGGCGAGACCUGCUGUUCCCUGGUACAAUGAGGAGAUUGAUAUUGCUAAACGGUUACGACGAAAAGCCGAAAGGAAGUGGAGGAGAAGCAAAUCGGUCGUUGACUUUACUCACUUUAAACAGAAGAGAAACCAGGUGACGUACAUCAUGAAUCAGGCCAGACGGAAAUUCUACGCCGAUUUUAUUGAAGAGAAUAAGGCAGAUCAGGGACAAUUAUUUAAGGCCGCCAAAAAACUUCUGGGAAAAAAGAGGAACUAUCUUUUCCAGAUCAUUUUGAAAAAGUGUCCUUGGCCAAUGACAUCGGCAGAUUUUUUGUAAGGAAAAUUGAGAAUAUACGCUCAGACAUUAACGCGGUCCAAUUCGAUCUUGAUGUAGUACCCAAGGAUCUGGUGCUAAACGAAACUCAGACAUUCGGUGAUUUUCAGCAACUCACUGAGGAGGAUGUAACAGCGCUAGUACAAAAGUCAGGGAAAAAGUCAUGUGCACUUGAUCCCAUGCCUACCGGAUUAGUAGUCAAGUGCCUUGGAACACUUCUACCUGUAUUAACUCGCAUAAAUUAA